CGUUUGACUGGAGAAUAGGAAGGAAGAAGUGUAGAUUUCGUGGGAAAUUUCGCGUUAAAAAUUUGUCUCUUUUACAGACAGGGAGCUAUUCCCAUUGUGUUUGAUCGUUUGAACGUUUUCCUCCUUAAUUUUUGGUUUCAAAUGGUGUUGGAGAAAAGCACGUGAAUCGAACAUCUAUACGGCAUGUACAGUCCGCCGGUACGGCAACUUUUACGCAACGAUCGUUCGCGCCAAGCAAAUUUCCUCUUGGUGUAAAUAAAGAGUCGACUUAUUCUCAAAGAGAUCAAUCAAGGACAAGAACCAAGAAGACUUGAUAAACAUUUUGAUCUUCGAUUGAAUGGGUCGAAACGGUCGUAAACAUGAUACAUCCCUGGUUAAGGCUUUCAUUGCCGGUUCUUUGAGCGGCACUUGCUCUACGUUGUUAUUUCAACCGUUCGAUCUGGUGAAAACGCGCUUGCAAGUUUCAUCCGCAGGGAGGUUCAAGUUAGGAGGUAGCAAUGGUAUGCUUUACACAUUUUACUCUGUGGCCCGAAGAGAACACAUUGUAGGGCUUUGGAGAGGCCUUGUUCCUUCCUUGUCAAGAUGUGUUCCUGGUAUAGGAAUGUAUUUCUGUACUCUCCAUGGUCUGACUCAAUUUACCAGUGGUGAAAGAACAAUGGGAGAAUCAGUUGUAUUAGGAGCAUGUGCAAGAACUGUAGCAGGAAUCACUCUGCUGCCAGUCACAGUAGUUAAAACAAGAUUUGAGAGUGGAUUUUAUGGAUAUAACAGUAUGCGACAUGCAUUGAUGUCAAUUUGGAAAAGUGAAGGAGGCAAAGGCCUGUAUAGUGGGUUGCUGGCAACAGUUGCACGGGAUGCUCCAUUUUCAGGGAUUUACUUGAUGUUCUACACUGAGAUAAAGAGACAGGCCAAGAAUGAACUUGGCACACCUGAACUGAGCUCAUUUGAGACAUUUACCUGUGGUGCUUUUGCUGGCAUCAUGGCAUCAGUUGUAACUCAGCCAGCAGAUGUAGUGAAGACAAGACUUCAGUUAUUUCCACACAAGUAUAAUAGUACUGGCAGUGCUGUCUUUUCUGUUUUCAAGACAAAUGGAGUACAAGGACUCUUCAAGGGUUUAGUUCCCCGCACUCUGAGAAGAACUCUUAUGGCAGCUUUAUCCUGGACUGUUUAUGAGGAGCUUUCAAGAAAACUUGGGUUAACAACAUGACAUGCAGGAAAAGAAAGUACUUUCUCAAGAUUAUGUUCUUCCACUCGGCAUCUGGAAAAGCAGAAAAUCUAAAAGAAAGAUGCUGGUCACAGAAGUAGUAGGUCAAGAAGUAAAACAGGCACUUGUGAAACAUGCCUCUGCACACCAAAUGAUGAGGAGGCAAUAGACCAGUCUUUUGUGCAGCAAUAAAAAUAUGACAUUUUGCCCUUGGCAAAAUAUUAAUUUUACCACACUUUAAGGAUAUGAAAAGUAUUUAUAUACUUUCAGAGGAAGAGGUAGUAGCCACCAUUUUAAAUGGUAUUUUUAAUAAAUAUUGAUUUUAUUAUGCACAAUCUGCUGAAGUUAAGUAACUUGUUUUUAAGUUAUUAGGACUCAUCUGUCAAAGCUCAAAGAAUAAAUUAAUGGUUAGUAAGCUUUGUUCCUUUCACAUCAGUAUUUCAAAUCUCCGCAUGAUUUACAAAACAAAAGAGAAUUACAGUGGAGUCCAGAUUUUUCGAACCUCCAAGGGAAACAAGAAUUGGUUUGAAAAAUCAGAUAGUUUGAGUAAUCAGGGGUUAAAAUUACAGUGUUUGGCUGAGCAGAGGGAAACGACUUUUGGUUUUGAGUUAUCGGGAGGUUAAAAAAAUAGGGUUUGAGAAAUCAGGUUUCCACUGUAUUGAGUGUGACAGGUUUUAAAUAACUACCAUUGUGAAACGGUCAUUGUUUAUGGUAUGUGAGUGACAAAGUGCUAUUAUAAUAAACUUAGUCGAACCUCUUGUAAGGCCAGGAAAAGUGUCUACACAUCCAUGGAAAGAGUUUGUAUGGAAGAAGUUAGACCUAAGUGUCUGGUUACAGAAGGUGUCCAACUAAGGGCAGUGGUGGAGAACUAAGUUUAAAAUUCUGCGCAGUUUAUCAUUUCCUUUGUGAAUCAUGAAAUAAGAAAUGGAAAAUUUGAAAGGAUGCGCCAGGGGUUUCAUUAACAUUGUCAGUAGGAGGGCAACUGGUUUUCACAGGCAGGCAAAACUAUUUGAACCGAAUUUCUUUAUAACAAAAACUAUCUGCCAGAUGGCCAAAGAGGCAGGCGAAAAGGUUCUCACAGCCGGUCAAUUUGCCCAGUGCUCAGCCCUUAGUGAAAGCCUUGAAUGUCCUUGCAGCUGUUUGUGCACUGUGGCAUUUUCUGCACCAUGUUGCAUUUUUCUUAUAUUAUGUUGCUCUACAUUUUAUAAAGUGGAAAAGAGAACUGCUUACAUGUGAGUGUUUAUUAGCAUUUAGUUUGUUUGGAGCAUAGUUAAUAGAGGGCAAUGGUUAUGAAGGCUGGCAAACUUCAAAGGAGCAAACAAAGACUUAAAGAUUUAUGUUGGAUGGUCCGUGACCAUGCACAAUCUUUUGUUUUUAGCUUGCACAGUGUGCAUUAAUUACAUAACCAAAACAUUUCUAUUAGUUAGUCCCUUGGUCAGUGGUAAACAACAGUUUAUUGUGUUUUUUGCACAGUCAAAACCGAACAAAAACAUACAACAAAGAACUUUGUCGGGUUUCAUAACCAUUCCCCUCUAUCAGCUAUGUUUGGAGUAACUACCUCUUCCUGUUAAGCUCAAAUGCAUGUCAAUAUUUGCCGUGCAAUCUAUUUUGGUACUAAUAUUGUAUAUACUGUACAGAGAAAAUGAUAUGAAUUGUGGAUAUAUUUAUACAUAUAUUGAUAUGGACAAGGUUAAUAUGAUGAAUUAUCUGACAUUUUAAAUUUUGAAAAUUUUUUAUUUCUUAAAUUGGUUAAAUACAAUUUAAUGCAACAAAAAACAAAAAUAAAUAAAUAACAUUACUACGAGGGAGGUUUGGUUGAAUUCUUUCCCUUUACAGUUAUUGCGCCUUUCAAUUGGACAAAACCUCUGAAGCUCUUGUCCUGGCAAAGCAUUGUGAUUUUGACUGCUGCCAGUCCUACCUUUUAUUACAGUAACAAUCGAACUAUGAAAGAAAGGCAUUUUCCUGAACUUUCAGUUUUUCCUACUUCCUAAAGCUGAAACUCCAGCAGGCACUAGCAGUGCAGACACGACAACAUUUUGCUUAAUAUUUACAGAUUGCAGAAGGAGGACUUUGUCGUGAAGUUUACAAAUUGCCUUUGUUAAUAAGCGUUCUGCUCUGUAAGGCAGAGAAUUUCAUUUGCCAAGUUGAGUUUGAAGAUUUUCCUCUUUUCCUUGUUGCUGUAAAAUCAUAAAUAUGGAUGUGCAGCCUAACAAUACAUGAUUAAUUUUGUGAUGUCUAAUUGAUGGGUAAUAAAAAGAUAAUCUCUGAAUUUAAUUGAUAGGCCACAGAAUUUUGAUUAUCAAUUAAUCAUUGAUUACUCAUUGACCAUCGCCAAUCAAUGACAAAAAAUGUUGAUUACUCAUUGAUUACUCAUUAUUAUUGUUUACGUCUUUAUCAUGUCCAUUUGAUGAGCUGGCCAAGCCCUAUAAUAAUCUCCCAGACUUUUAGCCCUCUUCUCGAUAGACAUGCGUAAAGCACAGAAAAUCUCGCCGUAAAACGGAAGAGUUUCAAAGAAUCUCUCACUACGUGA